AUUCAACAAAACAGAAAUGAAGCCAACAAGACCCUUUGUUCUUUUCUCAGUUUUCCUUAUCUUGUCUGGGAAAGAGGCGGUAGCCUGCAAUUUCUACAUCAGCAACAAAUGCCCAUAUCCAAUAUGGCCGGCAACCGCCGCAAACGACGGCCAUCCGGUGUUAGCAUACGGCGGCUUCUACCUUCCACCAGGAGAGCAACGCAAAAUCCAAGCUCCGGCCGAUUGGGUAGGCCGGAUCUGGGCUAGAACAGGGUGUAAAUUUGGUUCAAAUAACGCUCCCACCUGUGAAACCGGCGAUUGCGGAGGAAAAUUACACUGCAACGGGCUAAUUGGGUCUCCACCGGUGACACUGGUUCAAUUCGCGUUACAAGCCGACAAAAGUAAACCAAGUUUUUACGAUGUGAGUUUAGUCGACGGUUACAAUAUCCCGGUCUCCGUGACGACGAUACCUUCGUCACCGAAAUGUCGAAUCGGAGGGUGUAAGAAGGAUUUGAAUGAUGUUUGCCCGGAAGAACUUGAGGUUUUGAAUGAAAAGGGUGAAGUUGUUGCUUGCAAAAGUGCUUGUUUGGCUUUUGAUGAUGAUAAGUUUUGUUGUCGGAAUGAGUAUGGAACGCCGAAUCGAUGCAAGCCGAGUGUGUACUCGAGGAUCUUCAAGGAGGUGUGUCCGUCGUAUUAUAGUUAUGCGUUUGAUACUCCGGCGCCGUUGGUUAAUUGUGUUUCCGAUGAUUAUUUGAUAACGUUUUGUCCGGCGACAAAAUGGGUUGCAGAGGAGAUUGAUUCUGUGUAAAAUUGUUAUUGAGUAUUUAUUUAGUGACAUGUAAUUGGUUUUUAUUAAAAUAAAAGGAUAUUAAUUAAAUUAAAACAAAUAAAAAA